AAAGAAAAAGAGCCAAAGAAGAAAACCAAAAGUGCUCCAAAAAAGAAGAAAGAUUCAGGCACAGAUGAUGAUGAUGACGAUGAUGAAGACACCCCCAAAAAGAAGACAAAGAAAAAGACAACAAAGGACAGCUCUCCAUCCGCAAGUUCUGCCAAAGAGAAGAAAUCUAAAUCUAAAGAGGACAAAGAUUCUGAUGGGAAAGAAAAAAAGUCCAAGUCAAAGGAGAAGGACAAGGACAAGAAGAAAGAACCAGCUUCAAUGUUCCAGAUAAGCGGAGAAAAGGACUCAAAAAGCAAGAAGAAAGCUGCCAAAUCAGACAGCGAUGACAGUGAAGAGGAGACAAAGUCAAGCAAAUCAAAGAAGAAAUCCACCGCCAGCUCAGCAUCCAUGUUCCAAACAUCAGGAGACAAGGACAAAGACAAGAAGACAAAGAAGAAAGGAAAGGCAGAAGAGAGUGAUGAUUCUGAGUCAGAGAAAGAAGAAAAAUCAAAGAAGAAGAAAGGCAAAGGGAAGAAGAAAAAGGAGAGAUCGCCAUCACCUGAGAUUGAGUUUGACGACUUGGAGAAGUUCGUGAUGGAGCCGGCUCCCCAGGGCGUGACCAUCAAAUGCAGAGUGACUCGAGACCAGAGGGGGAUGGAUAAGAGCCUCUAUCCUCUGUAUUACCUGCACCUCGACAACGAGAAAAAGACGUUCCUGUUGGCCGGCAGGAAGCGGAAGAAAAGCGCGACUUCAAAUUACCUCAUCUCCAUUGACGCCACCGAUUUAUCGAGAGGUGGAGAGAAUUUUGUUGGAAAGCUGAGGUCCAAUUUAAUGGGGACCAAGUUCACCGUAUUUGACAAUGCUCUGAAUCCAGACCGAGCUCUUCCAGACAUGUCUAAUGCACGGCAGGAGCUAGCAGGCAUCAUCUAUGAAACAAAUGUCUUAGGGAUGAAAGGGCCCAGAAGGAUGACGGUUGUCAUUCCAGGGAUGAGCAAGGACAACGAGCGAGUUGCUCUCCGACCACGAAGCGAAUGCGACGGCUUGUUGAUAAGACACCAGAACAGAAGGAUGGAAAAUAUUAUCGAGCUCCACAACAAGACGCCCGUGUGGAACGAAGAAACGGCAUCUCAUGUGCUCAACUUCAACGGCAGGGUCACCCAGGCCUCCAUCAAGAACUUCCAGAUCGUCCACAGCAAAGACUUGGACUACAUCGUGAUGCAGUUUGGCCGAAUAGCUGAUGACAUCUUCACGCUGGACUUCAACUACCCGAUGUGCGCCGUGCAGGCGUUUGCCAUCGCGCUCUCCAGCUUUGAUGGCAAAAUCGCGUGUGAAUAACAGAAGCAUGCUCGUUUGUCCACCCACGCUGAAACCAGUAACACACCUACACACACAUCAGAGCAAAUCACGUCUUUGGACUCGCCCUCAACACUUCCUGUGAUGGACGCCGAUAACAAACGAUGGUUCCCUGAAUGUGACAAUACCCGCUGCUGCGCUGCCGCCUUUAUGGGCAUGUGAUUCACUCCGGGAGUAAAACAACUGGCCUCAUGUUAUCAUCUGAUCUUGCACGGCAUGGCACAGGAGAGUAUUUAAGUGAAAACGUCUGAAUGUCUGUCAAAGGACUCCAUUGACUGGAGGGUUGUGGAUUUUUUGAGGGGGGUGAUGGUGCACCUCGAUGAUGAAGGUGUUUUAAGAUCACCUACACUGUUUAAAGUUGUUAACCUGUGUUAUGUUUUGGAUCCGUUCGUGCUGUAUCGCUCAAAUAUGUCAUUAAUGUCUUGUGUCAGAUAUGACUGUGAAAUGCAAACACACCAAAAUUAAGUGAACAAGCAGAGUUACACUGUCAGAUAUUACCAGUCUAAAUAAACACACACCAAAUCACUGAUAGCUUUUACAGAAUACGGCUAAAAAAUAGCAAUUCAGUCUCAUAACAGCUGACUGUCCAUAGUUUAGUGGCACCUAAAUUCCAGGUGUCAGGCGUUGUUAGAGUAAUAGAAAGUGUAAUAUUUUGGACUAGCAGUGUCUUCAGUGUUCAAACAUGUCAUGUUUUGACAGAAUAUUCAGAUUAAGUUUGAUUUCCCUGCCCGUCUUAGAUGACUGGGUCUGAUUUGAGCUCCUGUAGGUUUUUCUAUCAUGUGCUGUUUGGUUCUCACAUUUUGUGAAAUUCAUUUAUUUUUCUGAACACUGCCUUUGUUGCAUUUCUAGGCUUAUUGUAUUAAUGUUAUUUCAUAAAGCAUGUGAAUUCAUUCGCUUGCAGUCAACAGUUAUUGUGCAAAUACAACUCAUUUAAUCUGUGACC